AUGGGCCAGAAUGUGGCCCCAAAGUUUCCUCGCCGAGUAUUCUGGGGUUGCCUUUCCACCACGCUGUUCAUCGUGAUUGUGGCCAUCAGUGUUUACGCUCAUUUAGGCAUCUCACAAGAUGACACAGAGUCUGCUGUGCAGAUUGUCAGAAUCACAGCUCCUGACCAGUCUGGCACAGUCUUCAAUCAAUCUGCCUUGGUCGACAAACACAACAACGUGGUCACCUAUUCAGUGACAUCUCAAGCAAAUCAUACAUCUACGGUGCUCUAUGACAUAAAGGAUGGAUUGGUGUGUUACAAGCCAGACAACCAAGACACGUGCUUCCUGCGCAAAAUGGAAGGCUCCGACUAUGACAACGUGAACUCACUCUUGAACAUGUCCAACCAGCAGGUCAACCAGUUCUGGCUGGUGGGAAAUGAGACACGCAGACACGCCGAGUUCUUGGGGGUUAUUGCCGGCUCUCGAGUGGACACCUCAACCCUCCCAAAGCCCAUUCAGGACCUCUGCCAGCAAAGUUCUGUGUACUGGACCAAGAGAGCCGAUGGUCCGGGGAAACAACGGCUCAUUUACUUCUGUAUAGACAUCUGCUUUCCCAGCAACAUCUGCGUGUCGGUGUGCUUCUACUAUCUGCCCGAAUGA